UGAAUCUAGAAAUAUUUUUAUAGCGUUCUAAACUCAGAUUGUUAAACUGAAGGCGAUAUAGAUGAAAUACUAAAUAAGCGAAAUGAAUGAGUUACACACAUUUGCAUUUUUUCUCUUGAUGUUAAGUGUAUCUACUGUACAUUGUCAACAGCAAGCUCCUUAUGAUUUUGGAGAACAAACAAGAGGAGAGAGAGAAGGGGAGCUUUCUCCAGUAGCGAUAGCAGGUGUUGCUUUUUUGGCUGUGGCUGUAGUUGCUGGACUUGGUGUUACAAUUCUCUUUUGUUACUACGUUCAUAGAAAACAAAGACAAGAACUGUAUGCGGCUGGUGCAUUUCUGGCUUCAAACACUAUUAGAAAGUAAUGUUAAAUUAAAAUGUUCUAACAAGCUGUGCUGGUUGAGUCAAGGGGAUACGAAUGUGCCGAUAAAUCAUGGUACAUUCGUACCUCCUUGACUCAAACUUUAAGCAUGAUAUUUUACUGAAUUGAAAUUUGUAGAUUAAAGUAGACGAUUGUAUACUUUUAGUAAGAAAAAUGAUAUUUGAAUGAACGAAUAUCUGUAGUUUACUGUUUAUUUUAUUUAUUAAUAAAGUGGAAAUUGAUUCAAAUUAUGAA